CGAUGCCUGGUCUGGUGCGCAAACUCCUCAUUUGCGCGACGGCGGACGGUCUGCUGUUGCAGCCUCUUUCGCAGCGAAACCAACAGUCCUCAUCUUCUAUCGUCAAGAUCGACUACAAGACACACAACAUCAGCCCUUCGCUUCAGCAGCAGUCAGACGAGUCAGCCAGCGAAGGACUCGAAGCUCAUGGUCUCCUCGGUAUGCACGCAGUUGACUCGACAUGUUCUUCCGCUGACGUGUCUCAGGUCUCCUCAACCUCGCAUCUUCCUCAUACCUUGUCGCCAUCUCGAAGCGCGAGCAAGNUCGCCCAAAUCCGCGGCAAGCCCAUAUACGUCAUCACCAAUGUCGCCCUCAUUCCGUUAGCCUCGCAAUCUGAAGCACAGGCUGCUAUUCAACACGCAAAGUCAAGUCUGAAGAGUAACAAGCCCGAGUCUUUGGACACCAGCGACGACGAAGACGACUCAAGCUCGGCAGCAGACGACGAACAUGAUGACAACGCGUCAGUCGGUGGACCAGACGAGCCGUUGCAGGUACCCAAGGGUUCAGUAAACAAGGCCACUACCGUGGUGGCCGACGUAAUAAAGAACAAGGGUCAAUAUGGUCGCUUUGCCCAGCGCUGGUUCUCCAAAGGCGGCUGGAAGUCUGACGGCAUCCGCAAGCAGGGCAUGAGCGCCAGCGAGACUGACUUGACUUUGACCGCCGAGCAGAAGAAGCAAGCCGAAGACUCGUUGCCAGACAAUACAAAGGAUCAGGUAGAAAGCGCACCUGUCGAUACACAGUCUCAACCCACACCUUCGGACGAGCAACAACCCACCGCCGAAUCGACCCCUGUCGAGCCUAAAGACACCACUCUUACUAAUCUCAUCCCAAGAAUCCUCAAGACAACGAAUCUGUACUUUACCUCGCGAAGCUUUUACUUCUCUUACGAUUACGACCUUUCACGCAGUCUUUCACGACAGGAGUCGACCUCUGCCUCUGUGCCUCUUUACAAGCGUUUUGAUCCUUUGACUAACAGUUUCAGUNACUUCUGGAACCACAACUUGACCGAACCUCUUAUCGAGGCUGGCCAACACAACCUCGUUCUUCCUGUCAUUCAAGGCUUCAUUGGCCAACGUGCCUUCACCAUUGAUACAACUGAAAACGCAGAGAACAAAAUAGUCGAUGCGAAGCAGGAGGCAUCGGAGGUCGUGAAGGUCCAAGAGGAGGCUCAGAAAGAGAAUGCGAGCACAACGGACGACAAGUCACAAGCANAAGAGCUGCUACUGACCUUGAUCUCGAGACGUUCUGUCAAGCGUGCAGGACUACGCUACCUACGUCGUGGCAUUGACGAUGAUGGCAAUGUCGCCAACAAUGUCGAGACUGAGCAGAUUCUGGCCACAUCAUCAUGGGACACCAAAGAUAAGGUCUUUUCGUUCCUACAGGUCAGAGGCUCCAUCCCUCUAUUUUUCUCGCAGAGUCCUUACAGCUUCAAACCAAUUCCCAUCCAAUAUGGCUCGGAGGCAACCAAUCAAGCUGCAUUCGAGAAACACUUUUCGAACAUGCUUGAACGUUAUGGAGAGGUUCAGUGUGCAUCCUUAGUCGAUAAGCACGGCACAGAAGCUAAAAUUGGAGAAUCUUAUGAAAAGCACGCAAACAGCCUGAACAGCUCUGGAGGUGUGUCAGGCAAGCAAGUCGGAUUCUAUUGGUUCGAUUUCCACACUGUGUGCAAAGGCAUGAAAUUUGAGAACGUCUCGAUCCUUAUGGACACUUUACGGCCGUCCAUGAAAUCUUUUGGCUGGACUGUACAGCAGGAUGGCAAAUUCCUUAGCACCCAGACUGGUGUAUUGAGGACGAACUGCAUGGACUGUCUUGACCGAACUAACGUCGUCCAAUCUGGCGCAGCUGGUCACGCUCUACAAGACCAGCUUGCCGAGAUGGGUCUGUCAAUCAACCUUCAGACCGACCCAAAGACGUCUUGGUACAACAACCUGUGGGCUGACAACGGUGAUGCUAUCUCUCGUCAGUAUGCAGGUACUGCCGCACUCAAAGGAGACUUUACUCGCACACGCAAACGCAACUGGCAAGGUGCAUUGACCGACUUCAGUCUCACUCUGAAUCGCUACUACAACAACAUCUUCGGCGACUACUUCUUACAAACCUGUAUAGACUUUUGGCUCGGCAAUGCGGGACCCGUGGUCUUUGAGGAGUUCGAAACCGACAUGAUGAACCAAGACUACGCUCUUGACAUGGGUCGCAUUCGCCAAAGCGCCAUUGAGACUUGCGUGCGUAUUGUUCUGGAAGACUCGGCGGAUAUGAUCUCAGGCUGGACGCUCUCCUGCCCAGCAUCGGCAAACACACUCCGCGCACUACCUUUUGAAGAGUGCAUCGUCCUUCUUACUGAUAGCGCCCUCUACUUCUGCCGCUUCGACUGGGACACCGAAAAGGUUGGCUCCUUCGAACGCGUCGAACUCGUCGACAUCGAAAGCGUCAACUACGGUACUUACAUCACCAGCACACUCGGCCCCACCCAUAUGGACUCGAACAAAAACGUGGGUUUUGUAGUCAAGUACUCGAGUCAAACACCCGCUAUGGUACGCACCAACACACGCAGCCUCGCAAACGAANAAGAAGCCAGCGCCGCAGACAAAGACGCCAAGACAACAGACGUCAAACCUGCAGAGAGCAGAUUGCUCGCUUUCAAAGCUUUGCCUCCUAGAAAUUCUGCCUCUAAAGGUAAGAGCACUGAUGGCGAGUUGAGUGAAGGGGAAAUGGUACGCCACAUUUGUGAAGAGAUUGAGCGAUUGAGCAAUAAAGCUCUGGAGAGACAGACUCAGACUGCUGCUGGAGAGGAAGCACAACAAGAAACGAGGAAGUUGAAGAUUGAGCAGAAGGAUGUGAUUUCUGUGGCUGAGGCGAGGAAGAGUACUGGAUAUCUUGAGUCGAUCGGGUAUUCGUUGAAGAAGCUGGUUUGGUCG